AUGGUCUACCGCUCUCAUAGCCGCGAGAUCAAAGCGCUCGUGCUAUGGCACUGUGAGCAAGGCCACAUGUCAGACGAGGAGAUCUGCGACAUCUUCGAGGUCUCCGUGUCUAGCAUGAAUCGUUGGCGCAAUAAUGUCGAUGAUUAUGGCGAUGUGAUUCGCCCUCGCAACCCGCUGCAGGGACGCCCUCCUGCACUCUCUGUGCCUCAGGUUGGGGAUCUUCUCUGGACAAUUGACAGCGACCCUACGAUGUUUCUUGACGAGAUUCGCGACUGGCUUAUCAUCACUCACGAUGUUGACCUCUACAAGGGGUCAGUCCAGUGUAUCUUGGAUGACUGCAAAUAUACCUAUAAACUGCUUUGA